AUGUCGGGAAUCAAAUCCGCCGCUGCCGUAGGACUUACUCUCCUUGCCAAUCUUGUUUUGGCCCAAGAAGUUAUCAUCAACGGUGUAGUCCAACAAGAUGUCUUCUUCUACGGUCAGAGUCCACCGGUCUAUCCAUCACCUGAUGCUGAGGGUGACGGCCGCUGGGGCGACGCCUUGUCAAGCGCUCGGGCGAUCGUUGCUCAAAUGACACUUGAGGAAAAGGUGAACAUCACCGGAGGGUUCUCUAACACCACGAAUGGAUGCGGUGGAAACAUCCCGGCCAUCGAACGCCUGAACUUUCCUGGAAUGUGCUUGCAGGAUGGCCCGAAUGGUGUGAGAGAGACUGAUUUCGUCAAUGGCUACGCUGUGGGCAUUCACGUUGGUGCAAGCUGGAAUCGGAAUCUGACUUACGCGCGCGGUUCUGCGAUCGGUGGCGAAUUCAGAAGGAAAGGUGCCACAAUCGCCUUAGGCCCUAUGGUCGGACCGUUGGGAAGGAUUGCUCUUGGUGGUCGCAACUGGGAGGGAUUCAGCAACGAUCCCUACAUCAGCGGUAUCCUUGCUGCUGAAACAGUUAGGGGAAUCCAAGACAGAGGCGUAAUUGCUUCCACCAAGCACUUUGUUGGAAACGAGCAAGAGCUUCUGCGAAACCCCCGCCCAGAUCUCAGCAACCGCAACAAGACUAUUGAAACUUCGUCUUCGAACAUGGACGAUGCGACGAUGCACGAACUAUACAUGUGGCCUUUCGCGGACGCUGUACACGCUGGUACAGGCAGCAUUAUGUGCGCAUACCAGCGCCUUAAUAACAGUUAUAGCUGCCACAAUAGCAAAGCUCUGAACGGUCUUCUAAAGACCGAGUUAGGCUUUCCAGGUUUCGUGCUGAGCGACUGGGGUGCUCAACACACUGGCAUUGCCAGCGCAUUGGGCGGUCUCGACAUGGUCAUGCCUUUUGGAUUCCGCUUCUGGGGCCCCAAUCUCACUGAAGCAGUCCGGAAUGGCUCGGUUCCAGAGUCCCAAAUCAACAACAUGGCAACGAGAAUCAUGGCAGCAUGGUACUUUGUGGGCCAGGACAGUCCAGACACGCCUCCUUUAGCAGUUGGCAUGGCACGCAGCCACUUGCGUCCUCACACUGUGGUCGAUGCCCGAGAUCCCGCGGACGACGCCGUCAACCUCCAGGGAGCUAUUGAGGGCCAUGUCCUUGUCAAGAACAUCGACAACGCCCUACCUCUACGAAAUCUCAGCAUGAUGUCAAUCUUUGGCUACGAUGCCAAGAACCCUAACUACAACAGUCCGGCAGAAGGAUUCAGUGCUUGGUCCCUGGGUCUCCAAUCCCAGAAUUACCGCUCUAUAACCGGAGGCGGCUCAGGAGCUAUUACCCCUUGGUAUAUUGACGCACCGUUCGAGGCCCUGUCCCGACGCACACGUGCAGACAGAACCGCCCUGUUUUGGGAUUUUGACACCAACGGAGCGAACAGCACGAUUGACACCAACAGCGAGGCCUGUCUCGUGUUUAUAAAUUCAGCCGCUUCUGAAGGUGUUGAUCGGCCAUCCCUACGCGACGACUUCUCGGAUGCAUUGGUAGAGAACAUUGCCUCCUCUUGCAACAACACAAUUGUUGUGAUCCAUAACGCUGGCGUCCGUCUAGUUGACCGUUGGAUCGACCAUCCUAACGUCACAGCACUCAUCUUCGCUCAACUGCCGGGUCAAAACUCAGGCGAGGCGAUCACGCAGAUUCUCUAUGGCGACGUUUCCCCCAGCGGCAAGCUUACUUACUCUAUACCACGGAACGAAUCUGACUACGGGUCGCUACUGGCACCCGUCAAUUACACUGGCUGGGACCGCUACUUCCCGCAGGACAACUUCACAGAAGGUGUCUACAUCGACUAUCGCGCUUUUGAUGCAGCAGGCAUUGAGCCCAGGUAUGAGUUUGGCUUUGGCCUCACCUACACAACCUUCGAGUACUCUGAUCUCAAUAUUCAAGUUACAAGCGAUGGGAACCUCUCGGAAUACCCUGUUGGGCCAGUAAUUCCCGGAGGGGAGGCGGACUUAUGGGACAACCUAGCCACCGUGACAGCGGAGGUCACCAAUACCGGCGAUGUAGAGGCGGCCGAGGUGGCCCAGCUGUACCUUGGGAUUCCAGUUGCCGGCCAGCCUGUUAGGCAGCUGCGGGGCUUUGACAAGGUGAUGAUCGCGCCGGGUGAGACGAGACACGUUCAGUUUGAUCUGAGACGGCGCGACUUAAGCGUGUGGGAUACUGGUGCGCAACAGUGGAGACUUACCCUCGGAACCGAAUAUCGUGUUUGGGUGGGAGCGAGCUCCAGGAUUCUGCCACUGAAUGGAACCAUGGUCUUGUAA